AUGGCCGAGCCGGAGCUGGGGAGCCGCUUCCAGCGCCGGUUCCUGGCGGCCCGGCAGCUCCGUUCCUUCCCCUGGCUGGAACUUGAACAAAACCUACGGACUGCACCGGAUUCCUCCCUACUCGUGGAUAUUCUGCACAAGACCAUUCUCCACCCUCUGUGUGUAAAAUAUCCCCCUUCCACCAAGUACAGAAGAUGCUUUCUAACUGAACUCAUCAAAAAGCAUGAAUCCACAGCAGCUGAGCCCCUGGAUGAACUGUAUGAUACGCUGGCAGAUAUUUUAAAUGAAGAAGAAUCUACUCGCUGUUACAAAAACUACUUACUGGCGCUGACAUUGAUUGUAAACUGUAAACCCGUUGUCUGCGCUGAUCCAUCUCUCUCUUCUCGUCGUGUCCUCCAGCCCACGGGAGAAUGUGUUACCCUUUCUGAGAGCGUGGCAAUUAUCUCUGGAGGAACCACGGGGCUCGUCACAUGGGAUGCUGCUCUCCAUCUCGCUGAAUGGGCAACAGAGAACUCCGCGGUUUUUAGUAACAGGACCGUCUUGGAAUUAGGAAGUGGGAUCGGCUUCACUGGAAUUGCGAUCUGUAAAACCUGUAAUCCCAAGACAUAUAUCUUCAGUGACUGCCACCCCUGUGUUCUCAAACAGCUGACAGAAAACAUCCGUUUGAAUGGCUUUGUCUUGGAGCCUGAAAGGACCCAGCAUAUCCAAACGGAGUCCCGAGGCCAGGAGGCAGAGGCAACGAAUUGCCAAAAACCAAAACUCAUUGUUGCAGAACUUGACUGGGGCUCGGUUACAGAAAAACAGCUCUUGGAUCUUCAACCCGACGUCGUCAUUGCAGCAGAUGUGGUAUAUGAUCCAGAGAUAAUUUUAGCCCUUAUCGGUAUGCUACAAAAACUCUCCACUUUCAGAGCAGACAGAAAACCUCCUGAGGUCUACAUCGCUUUCACAAUUCGUAAUCCAGACACGUAUCGCCUGUUCCAGGCUGAACUUGAUAAAGCUGGGAUCAGAUGGCAGAUUAUUCCAGCCCGCAGCAACAGUAUUUUUCUCUAUGACGUGCAGCCAAACGUAACUAUUCUACAGCUAUUUAUAUAGACUUGGCAAAUAUGACAUAAUUACAAUUUUCAGACCAACAGGAGCUAUCUCAUCCUUGCAACACGAUUAUCUUGAAUUCUAGAAAUGUACAUGAGAGGCACCGAGGAUACAACUAUAUGCACGGACUGUUGUCAAAGUGAGUUAUGUUUCUUCCUCUAAUUGUCAGCACGUACGCAAGCAAGCUGCUGCCCCUGAAAAGUAUCUGUGAACCUCAAGCAAUAGAGAAAAAAAAAAGCCCUAAUCAUACUGCACUUUGAUUCUGUAGAAGAAAACAGAAUUGAACUGUAUUUUUUUUUUUUCCAACUGUGUGUUGAUUUGUAAAUAACGGAGGCCCAUCUGCAGGAUCACAGGACGAGUAUCUCAUGCUGACAAGGGAGCAAAACCAUGUUUCAUAGUAAUAAAUAUUUUUUAAUAUUAAAACCA